CUGAUUAAUUUGUAUAAGAAAAAAAGCGCCUUUCUUGAUAAGAGCAAAGUUCAUUAAUAAAAAUAAUAAUAAAAUAAUAAAUAAAACCUCAUUAUUAUCGCCCUUAAUUGUAUUAUUUUCUUGCUUAAUUUACCUUUUGUGAACGAAGAAAUGGCUCUUAUUCCGGCUGUUACCCGACUUACCUCCUCCGUCAUCCGGAUUUUGGGAUGCAAUCCCAGCCCCAUGACGCUACAGGGCACCAACACCUACCUAUUGGGCAGCGGAAGGAGGAGAAUCCUAAUUGACACCGGGGACGAGGAUGUGCCCCAGUACAUUGAUCACCUGAAUGACGUACUGCAGCAGGAGCAAGCCUCCAUCGACACCAUUUUGUUGACCCACUGGCACCACGACCAUGUUGGCGGUGUCAAGAGCAUUCUGGGCACCAAAUUGGUCGACAAAGACUGCCGGGUGUUCAAGUUCGGGCGCACGGAUGCUCAGGAUGUCUGUCCUGAGAUUCCGGCCCACAUUAAACUCCAUCCACUGGCUCACAACCAGGAGUUCGCCACGGAAGGAGCCAAUUUGCGGGUGGUGCACACGCCCGGUCACACGACAGACCAUGUCGUACUGGCCAUGAACGAGGGAACACUCUUCAGCGGCGACUGCAUCCUGGGCGAGGGCACCGCUGUCUUCGAGGACCUGUUCGAGUACAUGAAGAGCCUGGAGAAGAUAUUGGACAUCAAGCCGCAGCGCAUCUUUCCGGGCCACGGAAAUGUGAUCGAGGAACCGAUUGGCAAGAUUGAAUACUACAUAAACCAUCGCAACCAGCGCGAGCAGCAAAUCCUGCAGUUCUUCGUCCAGCGACCCGGCGAACGCUUGCAGGCUAUGGACGUAGUGCGGGUGGUGUACAAGGAGACUCCGGAAAACCUAUGGCCCGCUGCCGCCUACAAUGUAAACCACCACCUCAGCAAGCUGGAGAAGGAGGGUAAGCUGAGAUUUAGCAAAACGGAGGAGGAAGAGUUCUAUGCCUACCAGCCAACCAGUGCGCUCUAGAUCGAGUUCUUCAUUUCCUUCGUCUUCCAGAAAGUUUAAAGUCUUCACAACAGUUAUUGUGGGCUUAACAAUGUAAAUAUAAAAAGUUUUCGUUAAUAAAUGUUUUUAAAAAUAAUUGUGUGCAAAACUAA